UUAUGAAUCAAAUAGUUUCUGGCAUUCAAUUCAACGUAGGUGCUAGAUAUGAAGUAAAGAAAUUGUUAGGUGCUGGUGCCUAUGGACAUGUAGCCCUUGCCAUUGACAAGAAACAAACUGAUCCAGAGAAAUAGAAAGUGGCUAUUAAAAAGCUACAUCUGGUCAGAGAUGAGAUCGACGCAAAAAGAGUGUUGAGAGAGAUUAGAAUUUUGAGAACAAUGCAGCAUGAAAAUAUUCUACAUCUGGAGCACCUAAUCUAUGAUGAUUCCAAUAAGGAGUUAGAAUUUGGAGAAAUCUACCUAGUUACUAAUUACCUGGAAGUGGAUCUCUAUAAGAUUAUUAAGAGUGGACAAAAUCUUACCGAUUAGCACUAUCAAUAUAUAAUGUAAUUGCCAUAUUACUAUUUAGAUAUCAAUUACUCAAAGGGUUAAAGUAUUUGCACUCUGCAAGCAUAGUCCAUAGGGAUAUAAAGCCAAGCAAUAUUUUAGCUACUGAGAAUUGUGAAAUUUGCUAUUGUGAUUUUGGAUUGGCAAGAUAAAUCGAAGAAUUGGAAGCAGAGGAUAAUCGAUGCCAAAACAUGUUGACAGAAUACGUAGUAACAAGUAUUAAACAUAUAAUAAAUUAAGGGUACUAUAGAGCUCCUGAAGUCAUGUUAUCAUCACAUGAAUAUUCAACUGCAAUUGAUAUUUGGUCAUUGGGAUGUACGUUUGCUGAAUUGAUUACAAAGUAAAUUUUAUUUAAAGGAACUAAUUAUAUAUAAAUGAUAAAGCUUAUCUUUGAUACAUUAGGUAAGCCAUAGGAUGAUGAUUUAUAAUUUAUCACAAAUAGUAAUGCUAAGAAAUAUGUGAAUAGUCUUUAGACAAAGUAGAAAGGCACAAUUGGAAGUGUAAUCAAGUAUUCAAAUCCACAUGCGAUUGAUUUAUUAGACAAAAUGCUUGAGAUCAAUCCUAAAAAGAGAAUUACAAGUGCUGAAGUACUAUUUUUAUAAUUAAAUUUCAGGCAUUAAAUCAUCCUUAUUUGGAAUCUAUAAGAGAUCCUGAUGAUGAACCUUCAUUUGAAGGAAACCUAGAUUCUCAGUUUGAGAAUGAUAACACCAUAUAAUUAAAGGAUUUGAAAAUUUUAAUCUUAAAUGAAGUAAAUUUGAUGAAAUAAAAUAAUAAUGAACCAUUAUUAAAUAUUCAAUUGGAGGUUGAGAAGAGAGAGCAAAUAGCAAAAUUAAAUUAAUAAAAAAAAUAAUAAUUGAAACAACAGCAACAAAAAUAAUGAAAAACCUUUUAUUAUUAUU